AAGAAAUUAAAAACAUUUGAAGUUGUAAAAUUUAUCGCAUAAAAACAUGAAUAACAUCAUAAAUAAGUGGAAUUGAAGAGUUGAUCGACAAGAAGAUACAGAUAUAUGUAAACGAUAAAUUAAAAGACAUAACAAGAGAAACAUUAAGCAAAUCAGUGUCCAUGUCAAGGGCUUUUGGAGAAAUGCUUGCUGUAAGGCCAAUGUGACGCACUAAACAAAUCUAAAAGGAGAAUAAAGAAUGGAUCAACCAUAAAUUCACAAUGGAAUCGAAAAGAACAUUUGACAAAGAGACUGCUACUGUGCUAGUAAAGCAAAAGCUCAAAAGUCCAGAAAAAGUAAAACGAAUCGACACCAAAAGUCAUCAAACGAAAGAAAAUAAACAAAAUCUAAAAUAUUCUUGUAAGUUAUGUAGCAGGAGUUUUAGUCAGAAUUCGUUACUUCUAAAGCAUGAACUUAUUCACAAUGGAAAACCAUUGUGUGUAACAUCAAAGGACAAUGUGAAAACAGUGACUACCAUUUGUAAGUUCUGUAAUGAACAGUUUGAUAACAAUGAUACUUAUCAAAUGCAUGUGCGCUUGCAUUUAAAAAAGAUGAACAUGAUCAAAAAAUCGGUGAUGUCUAAAAAGCAACACAAGAACACAAAAACUCAAACUUUGAAAAUAAGCCGAGGAAGUUCUCCUUUAAAUCGUACAAAUAGUAUAAAAUCCCCAAAAUCUAUCAAUCAAAUUGGAAAUCCAAGUCAAGUAGAAGCUGAGAGAAAAAACAAGAAUGUUAAAGUAGAAAAAACUCCCAGCUCUAAAGGACAUAAAUGUCAUAUCUGUAAUAGGGUCUUCAGAGAUAUGAUAUCUUGUAACAAACACACAAGGCUGCAUCUGCGUGUGAUGCCAUAUAAAUGCAACAAAUGUGGCGUUUAUUGUCGUAUGUGGGGACAGUUUAAGAAUCAUGUGAGUACAGCUCACCCGGAAUGUACAUUCAGUGAAGCCCUUGAUUUGAACCAUCAGGUUAAAUCUAUGGCCAUGGAGACAGAACCUGAUCAAGAACAAUAUGACAGUGAUCCCAAUGACAGUGUCUUAAUUGAUGCAAAUAAUGAUCUGAAAAAUGGAGAUGCUCUUAAGAACAGCAAUGUUUCCAACAUUGAUGCUUACCAUAUUGAAGAAAACACCAAAACAAUGCCUGAUGAACUUGAUGCAAGUACUGUUAGCCAACCAGGGCUUGACUCCUCUACUGAUGAAAUCUCUGAAAUUAGUACUAAACAGAGUGAACUAUUUGAAGCAGAAACUACCAAGGCUCAAUCUGCCAUCAUGACAGACACAGAUAUACUCAAUAUAACUGAUGAAAUACUCAAUAAUUCUGGAGAAAUGUUGAACAUAUCUGAUGAUUUACUGAAAGAAUUUGAGAAUCAUAGUGGCCAAACUUCAAGAGUACAAAAUAGAACGAAAAUUGAAAAUAUGCAGGAUGAUGCUAUGACCCCACCGCCACCUGUAGUGUCAGUGUUUGAACUCCAUGAGUGCAAAUCCACUCCACCCUUACAUUUGCCAAGUCCUAAUUUGGAACUCCAAAAAACUGAAACUAUCCCUUCAACUUUAUUCAUAAACAGUUUGGAAGACAAAAAAUCAAACCAAACCCCUCCACCUAUUUCCUUUCAUGAUUUACAUGACAAUGAAGCUGCUUACCUUAAAGAGGGCAACACCAACAACAAAGGAGAUGAUAACCAUGGUGAUGAGGCUGAUUGCAUUUUAGAUAAUGACUGUAUUACGGACAAUACAAGUAGUGUUACUCUCCCUAGUUACCAAGUUUCUGAAACAUCAGAUACAACAUAUCAGGGAGACCCAAUACUACAGGGUACUCCAAAAUAUUACAUCACAUGUGAUAAGGAAAGUGAAGUUGAUUAUCCAAAAUUACAGAAAAAUGAAAAUGUCGGUGUAAUUGAUGAGGAUGAUGUAGACUUUUACAAUGGCAGGCAUAUACUUAAAGAUGAUAAUGGUUUUGGAAUCAAGAUUGGCACUAGGAAUUACACAUCGGAGGACCACACUGUUAGUGACCAAAAGAUGAAAAAUUUUACAAGUCAUUUUGGUGAACCAAAUGUUGAAGAUACAAUUGACACAAACCAUGAAGAAAGCAUUGAGGUUGAUGAUGUAGGCUCAGAAGGUGCUGAUGAUGUCAAUAGUGAGAUUGACUUUGAUGACACACUGGUAUUACUCGAGUCUUCAUCUGGCAAAGUAAAUGAAACUGUUCAUCCACUAGACCAUAAAAGAAGUGGAAGCUAUGUGGAAAGGGCAAAACAUGAAGAACUUAGUGGAAGAGAUAGUAAUAUAGUUGUUGUACGUGUGCGCAAAGAAACACCAAACUCUAGUAUUAUAUCUCCUAUUAUCCCACACCCACCUAAAACCUCUAUAUUGUCUGAUACCCCUGCUGUACCACUUUCAUUUAUAAAACACUCCACCCCUAAAUUUAGCAUUGAUGGCUCUGACAAAACCCUGGAACCCACUUCAAGAAAUGCCCAAAAAUAUAUUACCCCAAAACAUAUAUCUCCAAAGCCAAGACAAAAGCCUAGUUGCAGUUAUAUGGCACCAAAUAGUACACCAACAGCAGAUUUAACAGACGGCAGCACUGGGUCCAUGAUGACGCACACUCCAGGGGGACCAAUGGAAAUUAUCUUCAGCUUCGAUACGACUGGCUCGAUGUCUUCUUGCCUCACAGAAGUGCGCAAACAGGUAAACCAUAUCAUUCAACGACUCUUCAUGGAUAUUCCAUCACUCAAAGUUGGAGUCAUCGCACAUGGUGACUAUUGCGAUGCUACAACGUACUAUGUGACAAAGCAGAUUGAUUUCACCAAUGACAUCGCAGCACUCUGUGACUUCGUUAAAAAUACUGGCGGGUCUGGAGGCGGAGAUUAUGCAGAAUGCUAUGAAUUGGUUCUUCAGAAGGUGAGGACAUCAUUUGAUUGGACGCCUGGCUCCCAGAAGUCCCUAGUAAUGAUCGGAGACGCCAUUCCUCAUGAGCCAAACUAUCCCGCCAAUAAAGGGAAGAUUAAUUGGAGGACAGAAACCAAAAAGCUUUAUGAAGAAUUGGGUGUGAAGAUAUAUGGAGUACAGUGCCAAGAUCAUGCAGACUCUACAAAGUUCUUCAAGCAAAUAUCAUCACAGACUGGAGGGAAACAUUUGAAACUAGCAGAGUUCCAAACUAUAAUUGACAUGAUGAUGGCCAUUUGUUACAGGGAACAUGGAGUUGAAUAUUUUGAGGCCUAUGAGAAAGAAGUCCGCAAGCGUGAAGGAAAAGGAAUGCGUGGCGAGUUGACAAACAUGUUUGACGCUCUCCGUGAUCCAGAUUCCCAUGAUGCAUCAGAUGAUGUGUUGACCCCGAUAAUCAAGAGCAAGAAGAAAUCAACCCCCAAGAAAGCUCCGAGAAAAUUCAAGAUGAGCCCAAAAGUGACACCAAAAGCAAUCUUGAAGACUGCCACUACUCCCAAAUCAAAAGUUGUGAAAAGGUUAAAGAUGACAACAAAGAAAACGUCCCCAUCUUCUGAAAAAAUUACCAAGGUGCAUCGUCAUCCAAGGGAAAAUGUCGCAGAAAUCCACUUCUCUAGUGCAACCCUUGAUUGGUCCCCUUGGAAACCUGUGAGCAACAUCCUCGAGUUCCGCUCUAUUUACUCUGUGAAGCAAAACCUGAGCAGAUCGAGGUCAUUUCUGUACGAGUUGGCAGUGCAAACUAAACCAUACACACGAAGGUUCCCAGUUUAUAUAAAAUUGGCCAACAGGUGUCUCCACUCAACAAAUGGACCCCUUAGAAUGUACAUAAACAAUGAUGAGAUUCGCGAACAAUUGGAAAAUGUUGAUACACAAGGGUGUAAAUUGUUCGCUCGUUGGUUAGAGAUUAAACGACCGGUAACAUGUUAUGGACGCAAAUUCCCAAAUGGACAAGAUUUGAAAAAAUUCCUUGUGAAGUCAUACGAUUACGCUUGGUGCUUGAAAAGUAUGAAGAGAUCUGAAGCAAGAAAUGUAAAUCGAUGCGGAGUUCUCAUCUCAAAGGGUUCUCGAUAA